AGAGAGACGUAGUUAAUUGAGAAGGCGCAAGGCAGGAAGGAAGACAAUUGAGUGUACCAGUAGGGAGGUGAGAGUAGUAGUGGUCCUCGUUGGAGUGCGUGUUUUAUAAAGAGACUCAAAAUUGAUAGAAAUAACAAAAAAGCUGCUGCAACUGGUGCCUCAUCUGAGGACCAGCCGCCGCGCAAAAAAGGACGACGUUCAGCAGCAGGAGGUGCCACUACAUCAUCAGCCGCAUCCGCAGCCGCAGCAGCAAUAGGAACGAAUACAACGACAGCAUUAGCAAUAACGACUUCAACAACAACAACAGUAGCAGAAGCAGCAGCAACAGCAAGUUCGACUGGAAUAAACAACAGUAGUACGAGUCUCAGUUCGUUAGUGUCCAUAGACACAGAAACAGCAACAACCUCAAGAGCGGCUGCACAACAACAAGAGCAGAUACGCAAUCAAAAUAAUCGCGAAAAACAGACAAAAGGUGAAUCAGCAAAUAACAAUCAAAACACAAAUAGCAACAGCAGCAGCAACACUACUAGCAACAACUCUAACAAUAACAAAACAAAUACAACUAGCAGCAAUAAUAACAAAACUACAAACAAUAACACCACAACAAACGAAGGAAAAAGAAAACUGCCCCAGGACGGCGGAGGCAGUGGCAAUUUAGACAAGGACUCAUCAACUUCGACGAAUAUGCAAAAUUCUGCUUUGAAUCCUUCCACAUCCUCAUCGAGUGCCUCGUCUUUUAGUGCUUCGACAGUGGAAAGUGGGGCAAUGCCCAAUUCGGCUCCGGCCGCUGGCAGUAGUAGCAGUCAUGCCACUGACUCCUCUGCCGCGGGUUCUUCGAGCGUCAAUAAUUCGUCAUCCACCAAUGGACACGACUCCAAACACAAUGGAUUCACUGCCAACAAUACCAAUAACAAUAAUAACAACAACAGCAGCACAGAGGCGCCAAAUGCCAGCGAUGAUCAAAAUAAUCACGAAGUGGCCAACAAGACAAUUUCCUGGUUGGGCAAAUCGAAUCAGGAAAUAAUACGUCUGAUUGGGCAAUACUUGCAAGAUUUGGGCUUGGAGAAAUCCGUCAAAACUCUAAUGACAGAGUCUGGGUGCUAUUUGGAACAUCCCUCGGCUACCAAGUUUCGUGAGCAUGUCUUAUCAGGGGAAUGGAGUAAGGCAGAUGCAGAUCUAAAGGAACUAGAGCCACUGAUAGACAAUGGCAAACCUUCGACUAUUACCGAAAUGAAAUUUAUUUUGUUGGAACAAAAAUAUUUGGAAAAUCUAGAUGAUGGCUGUCCUCUGGACGCUUUGCAUGUAUUGCGCAAUGAGCUGACACCAUUGCAGCAUAAUAUUUCACGUGUCCACCAAUUGUCCUCGUACAUGAUGUGUUCUAAUAAUCACGAUUUGUAUCAACGUGCCAAAUGGGAAGGCAAGGGUAUAUUGUCAAGAGCUCUGGUAAUGGAGCGUUUGCAAACCUUUUUGCCACCUUCCGUUAUGAUGGCCCCACGUCGUUUGCGCACUUUGCUACAACAGGCCGUGGAAUUGCAGACACAGAAUUGCCUAUUUCAUGAUAUGGCCUGGGAGACAAAUUUACAAAAUGUUUCUUUGUUGACUGACCAUUGUUGUGCCACCGAUGGUUUUCCCCUGCAAACCAUACAGAUACUAUCCGAUCACUGCGACGAGGUAUGGUUCUGUAAGUUUUCACCCGAUGGCCUUAAGUUGGCCACGGGCAGCAAGGAUGGAGCGGUCAUAAUAUGGGAUGUUGAUCCCUAUAAGUUGCAGCUGAAACAACGCCGCCUCUUGGACUGUCAGUCACAAGUUAGUGUGGCCUUUAUUAGCUGGAGUCCCGAUUCAAAGUUGGUGUUGAUUGUGGGCUCUGAGGAUUCGACCGAAGUGUGUAUUUUCAAUGUGGACGAUGGGCGCUUGUUGAUGAAAAUGAAUAAUAUGAAUCAGGAAUCGGACAGUCUGUCAUGUGGUGCAUUCAAUCGCGAUGGUACACGUUUCGUUUGUGGUGGCCAAAAGGGUCAAUUCUAUUUGUGCGAUCUCAAAGGCACGGUGCUGGAAUCAUGGGAGGGUGUACGCAUUAACAGUGUGGCCUUCAGAUCGGAUAAUAAGACUAUACUAGCCGCUGAUAAUCACUACCGCAUAAGGGGAUACAACUUUGAUAACCCACGCACAGACUUUGAUGUGCUCAAAGAGUCACAUCCGAUUAUGACAUUUUCAGUUAAUUCCGCUGAUCGCUUAGCCCUGCUAAAUGUCUCCAGCCAAGGUCUUCACUUGUGGGACAUAGAGGACAAAUGCAUUGUGCGCAGCUUUCAGGGCAUACGUCAGAGUAAUUUCGCCAUACACUCAUGUUUCGGAGGCGUCAACGAGAGCUUUGUGGCCAGCGGCAGUGAGGACAAACACGUUUGCAUUUGGCACAUAAAGCGAGAAGAACCAUUGGCCAAGUUAGCCGGUCAUGCCAAGACUGUCAACUGUGUUUCCUGGAAUCCCGUAUAUCCCUCAUUGUUGGCCUCGGCCAGUGAUGAUUCGACCGUACGCAUCUGGGGACCCACAGCACCACACAACAUAAAUGCAACGCCCGAAAGUGACGAUUGUUCAUCAUGUUCCUCUUCGUCGUCAUGGAAUAUGACCUCCUAGAGCCUAAAGACACCGAGAAACGUAGCAGCCAUGUGAUCAGAGUGGCGAUAUUAUUUUAGUUGAUAUAGAUAAGCAGAGAGGGGUUACAUACAACCUUUACCUAAGUUGUAAGAAAUUCAUUUAGCCUUUAAGAGAUACAAUAUGGUCUAGAUGUUUAGUUAAAGCAACCAUUAAGUUAACGAAACGCAAACGAAAAAUCUACUCGUGAGAACAAGAAAGGCAUUUUCGUGCAAAUAUUUGAAAACGGAAUGAAUACAAUACAAUUAUAUAUAUAAAAAAAAGCUAAGCAUUAACUAUAUAUUGUAAGCAAUAUACGAAAUGAAUUAAGGUGAAUGAAUGGCAAGAAAAAACUAAAGAAAGUAAAGAACGUAGUCAGACCAGAAAUGCAACAGACAUUGAUGCAUAAAAAUAACUGCUCGUUUUGAAAAAUUUCAAUCAUCCUCAUCACCACCUAAACCUAACUUAGUUAUCUUUUUCUAUUAAUACAAACAAACACCUACAUCUAGUUUUUUUUUUAAUUUUUAACUUGCUCCCAGAGAGCCGAUCGUUCGUUUUUAUCUUUUUAGAUAAUUAAAAUAUAUAUAUAGAUUUUUAUUUAAUUUUUUUUUUUAAAUUUUCGAAAACAGAUUAAGUUUUUCCUCGGAAGUGAUUAUUUAUGGUGAAGAAGCGUUUAACUUCAAACAAAUUUAUAGUAAUAAAAAACAUAAAACAGAAGCAGAAAGAAAGGUUCGUUUUAAGUAGUUAUAAAAUUGAUUUGUAAGUUCAUUUACAAUUAAGGAUUGUUUAGAACGUACUCAUUUUCUGCCCACCUGCUCAAUAAAACCAAUAAAACAGUAAAGAUUGAUUGAUGUAUAAGCAGCAGCAGGCAGCCGAGAAGUGUCAGCAAUUAAGAAUCAGCAUAAUAUUUAAGUGAUUACAAAAUUUAAAAACAAAAUAAUAAAUAUUCAUAAAACUAAACGAAUUGUAGUGAUAUAAGACAUAUUUUUAAAAUGAAUUAUUAUAAAAAACAAAACAAAUAAAAUACAAGAGGAUAAACACACAGUUUUCAUCAAUACAACAACAACUACCAGCAUACAUAUUACAAAACAAAUUAUUGAACUUCAUGAAAAGAAAAACAAAACAAAAGAUCAUAAUCACAUAAACGACUUAAUAAACUAAUAAAAUCAGAUAUAAAACAAAAUUAAUAACAAAACAAACAA